AUGUCCGAGGAAAUGCAGCAUGACGGAGUCGAACAGUUUGAUGGGCAGACCCGUAACGAAGAAAAUGCCAGCGAGUAUACCGAGAAUCAAAUGACUGUUGAUGACAAUGACGAGGAGGAAGAUGACAGGAAAUUGUUUGUUGGUGGACUGAGCUGGGAGACAACUACAAAGGAUCUCCGAGAACACUUUGAGAAAUAUGGAGAGGUCACAAACUGCACUCUGAAAACAGAUCUGGAAACAAAGAAGUCGCGAGGUUUUGGGUUUGUUGUGUUUGCCACAAGAGAAGCUGUUGAAAAGGUUUUGGCUGAAAAAGAGCACAAAUUACAUGGGAGAACGAUAGAUCCCAAACAGGCUAAUCCUAGACAAGUCAACAAGAAGAUAUUUGUUGGCAGACUGGACCCUUCAAUUACAGAAGAGGAGGUUAAAGCUUACUUUGAAACAUUUGGCCCGGUCGAAAAGUUGGAGCUUCCUUACGAUAAAACCAAAGAGCAGAGACGUGCUUUUGGCUUCAUUGAGUUCAAAAAGCUGGCAGGCUUAAAAAAAUGCUUAGAGCAGACAAGUCAUAAAAUAGGCACACACGAGGUUGAGGUAAAAAAGGCUACACCUCCGGGAGGUGCCACUGUUAGAGGUGGUCCAGGAGGACGAGGCUUUUCAUCGGGUGGAAGAGGUGGUCGGGGUGGCCGAGGUGGCUACCAAGGGAGCUAUGGUUAUAACCAAGGAUAUGGAGGCUACGGUGGAUAUGGUGGUUAUGGCUAUGAUCAGGGUUAUGGUUACGGCGGAUAUGGUGGGGACUACUAUGGUAGUGGAUAUGGAGGUUAUGGUGCCUGGAAUGGUAGCGGAUAUGAUCCAAGUUAUGGAUACGGAUAUGGCUACGAUGACUGGGGAUACGGACAAGGAGGCGGUCAGGCAAAUUAUGGUAAAACGCAAAAGAGAGGCGCUGGCCAUGGAGGCUAUCAUCCUUACAAUCGCUAG